GAUUUUCAAAAGACAAUGACAGCUACCUUGUAUCUUUCAAUAGGCAACUUGUUCUUAUUUAAUACAUAAAUAUCCAUAUUCUUUCCACAAUUUUAUAGAAGACAUAUCCUAUUCUGCUAAAAUAAAAAAAAAGAUUUGCGUAUGUCACAAGAAAUUAACACCAUGGGACUUAAAGUGCCAGACUCAGCACUAUAAAAGAGAAUUUUCCCUCAAAAAUGAGCCAAGAAAGAGUGCAACCUUAGAAUCUUUCCAACUGCUUUUUACCUAGUCCAUCUCUAUCCAAGCAUAAGAGAUGGAAAUAUCCAGCACCAUUACAGAAACACAGCCUCAAAAGUUUGCUCUUCCAGUGGAUUCAGAACACAAGGCAACUGAAUUCCGAUUAUUCUCAGUAGCUGCACCCCACAUGAGAGCAUUUCACCUGUCCUGGAUCUCAUUCUUUGCCUGUUUUGUAUCCACUUUUGCUGCUCCACCCCUCCUCCCUAUCAUUCGUGACAACCUAAACCUCACAGCAACUGACAUUGGCAAUGCAGGGGUUGCAUCAGUCUCUGGUGCAGUCUUUGCCCGGAUUGCCAUGGGAACUGCUUGUGACUUAUUUGGACCACGUCUUGCUUCUGCAUCCCUGAUCCUCCUCACUGCACCAGCAGUUUACUUCACCUCCAUUGCCUCAUCACCUGUCUCCUUCCUCCUUGUCCGCUUUUUCACAGGCUUCUCCCUUGCUACUUUUGUGUCAACACAAUUCUGGAUGAGCUCCAUGUUUUCAACUCCAGUAGUUGGCACUGCUAAUGGUGUUGCAGCCGGAUGGGGCAACCUUGGAGGUGGGGCAACACAGCUCAUCAUGCCCCUUGUUUUUUCCGUCAUCCGUGACAUUGGUGCAGUCAAAUUUACAGCUUGGCGAAUUGCAUUCUUCAUUCCUGCCCUGUUUCAAACAUUAGCAGCCUUUGCUAUUCUGAUCUUUGGCCAGGAUUUACCUGAUGGGAAUUAUCAAAGGCUGCAGAAAUCUGGGGCUAAACAAAAAGAUAAAUUCUCACGUGUAUUCUACCAUGGGAUUACAAAUUACAGAGGAUGGAUCUUGGCGUUGACUUAUGGAUAUUGUUUUGGGGUGGAGUUGACAGUGGACAACAUAAUCGCAGAGUAUUUCUAUGACAGAUUUAAUCUGAAACUCCAUACAGCAGGAAUUAUUGCAGCAAGCUUUGGUUUAGCAAAUUUGUUUUCAAGACCUGCAGGAGGUAUAAUCUCUGACAGGAUGGCAAGCAGGUUUGGAAUGCGGGGUAGGCUGUGGGCCUUAUGGAUAAUACAAACCUUGGGAGGGGUGUUCUGUAUCAUUCUUGGGCAGGUUGGAUCUUUGAGCGCAUCCAUCAUAGUGAUGAUUAUUUUCUCAGUCUUUGUCCAAGCUGCUUGUGGUCUUACAUUUGGAGUGGUUCCUUUUGUUUCCCGGAGGUCCUUGGGCGUAAUAUCUGGGAUGACAGGAGGAGGUGGAAAUGUGGGUGCAAUUUUGACUCAAUUAAUUUUUUUCAAGGGAUCCAAAUAUUCUAAAGAAACUGGAAUUACUCUCAUGGGUGUCAUGAUCGUAUGCUGCACCCUCCCAAUAUUUCUAAUAUACUUCCCACAAUGGGGUGGGAUGUUUUGUGGUCCAUCAUCAGAAAAGAUUGCCACAGAAGAAGACUACUACUUGUCCGAAUGGAGCUCAAACGAGAAGGAAAAAGGUCUACAUCAGGCAAGCUUGAAAUUUGCUGAUAACAGCAGAAGUGAAAGAGGAAGAAGGGUACACUCUGCAGCUAUGCCUUCUAAUGGUACUCCACCUACAACUGUUUAGCCACUCCCACAAGUUUUCCCACUAUCUUUGCAUGUAAUUUUUGUCUAUAUUUCUUAUGCCAAAGUAUUUUCAUGAGCAGGUUAAUGGUUGCAAGUAGUCAAAGUUACAAUAAAGACAUUUGUUAAUUAAUCACCUUAGAGAUCUAUGUUUA